AUGAAGAGUGACCAGUCUAUGUUACUGCCAAUAGAAAUCAAGCAGGGAGACUUUUCUCCUAAACAAGAAGUUCACAGAGACCAACAGGAGAGAUCAGAGUCAGAGGUUCCCAGUGGUCAGUCUGCCCAGAGUCAUCAAAUGGACCUAGACUCCAUAUUCAGGCAUGAUGUCAUCACUUUAGUCAAGAAUGAGUUGAGGAGGUUCAAGAGACUUCUCCUUAAAGAUUACACAGAGUGCACUGGGAGUCAGGCAGAGGAUGAGGAAGUGGUGGAUGCUGAAGAUGAGAAGCAGGAGAGCAGCGCCAGAGAAGGGGCUCUGAAGAGCACGCUGCAUGCCCUGAGAAACAUGAACCAGAAGGAGCUCGCUGACACACUGGAGAAAACGAAGAAAUCUAGGUCUGGUGGACCGCAGCUAGUUCCUCAGUCCAAUCAGACGCUCCUACAAGGCCUACUGAUACAGACAGGAAGCGGCUCACAAAGCAAUGAAGAAACAAUCAAGGAGAAGAUCCGGGGGAAUCCCUCCCCAGAGAGGUGCAUCAAUUUGUUCCACUGUCUGAAUGAGCUCAAUGACCAUUCUCUAGCGGAUGAGUUCCAACGCUACCUGAGCUUAGGAAGUCUCUCUAAAGCCGAACUCUCACUUGCACAGUGGUCAGCUCUGGUCUUUGUGUUGCUGACAUCAGAAGAGGAGCUCGAUGUGUUCGACCUGAAGAAAUACACCAGAUCAGAGGAAGGUCUUCUGCGCUCAAACUCCAAACAACUAAGAAAGCUGGACCUAAGUGACAAUGACCUUUAGGAUUAAGGAGUGGCACUGCUUUCUGCUGGAAUGGGAAGUCCACACUGUGAACUGGAGAAACUUAGUCUGAAUCAUUGUAACAUCACAAUGAGAUGCUGUGAAGUGUUGGUCUCAGCUCUCAACUUAAACUCCUCACACCUAAGAGAGGUGGACCUGAGCGACAAUGACCUGGUGCAGGAUUAAAGGGUGAAGCUGCUCUCUGCUGGACUGGAGAAUCCAAGCUGUAAACUGGAGACACUAAUAAGGCUGUCAUACUUUAGAGUCACAGAGGAAGGCUGUGGUUCUCUGGCUGCCGCUUUGAGGUUCGAUCCCCCACACCUGAGAGAUCUGGACCUGAGUUACAAUCACCCAGGGGCCUCGGGAGUGAAGCUGUUCUCUGCUAUAGUGGAGGAUCCACAAUGUAGACUGGAAAAACUCAGGUAA